AUGGCGAUAAUCACCAGCAACAGCAACAGCCGAGAGGAGAUGAAGGCGCGGCUCUUCUCGUCCUCCUGCGUUAUUUGCAAAACCUAUACUGUGGUCAAUCCUUUUUACUUUUACACUAUUCUCUACACAAAGCCUUUGUUCAUACGGGGAAAAAAAAAUUUCACAAGAAAGAAUACAAAGCCAUCGCAAGAAAAAAGCAGAUUUCCUAAAAACAGCGAUUCUGGUUCUUCAAAGACAUUCCCAAGGAAAGUUACUAAGGAAGGUGGACCUAAAAUCACAUCAAAGAACUUUGAGAAGAGUGCCACAAAACCUGGGAAAAAGGGUGUGAAGCAGUUCAAGACUAAGCAACAAGGGGACAAAGGAUCGAAGAACAAAUUUCAGGCGGCAAAUAAAUUCAGCAAGAAGAGAAAAUUCCAGUCAGACAAUAAAAGUGAUGAAUCAGCAGCCAAGAAACCCAAAUGGGAUGACUUCAAAAAGAAGAAGAAAGAACUGAAGCAGAGCAGGCAACUGAGUGAUAAAACCAACUAUGACAUUGUUGUUCGGGCAAAGCAGAUUUGGGAGAUCCUGAGAAGAAAAGACUGUGACAAAGACAAAAGAGUAAAGUUAAUGAGUGACUUGCAGAAGUUGAUUCAAGGGAAAAUUAAAACUAUUGCAUUUGCACAUGAUUCAACGCUUGUGAUCCAGUGUUACAUUCAGUAUGGCAAUGAAGAACAGAGAAGACAGGCAUUUGAAGAAUUGCAAGGUGAUUUGGUUGAAUUAAGUAAAUCCAAAUACUCCAGAAAUAUUGUUAAGAAAUUUCUUAUGUAUGGAAGUAAACCACAGGUUGCAGAGAUAAUCAGAAGUUUUAAAGGCCAUGUGCGCAAGAUGCUGCGGCAUGCAGAGGCGUCAGCUAUUGUAGAGUAUGCCUACAAUGACAAAGCCAUCUUGGAGCAGAGGAACAUGCUCACAGAGGAACUCUAUGGAAAUACGUUUCAGCUUUACAAGUCAGCAGAUCAUCCAACUCUGGACAAAGUGUUAGAGGUACAGCCAGAAAAAUUAGAGCUUAUUAUGGAUGAAAUGAAACAGAUUCUAACGCCAAUGGCUCAAAAGGAAGCUGUGAUUAAGCACUCGUUGGUGCAUAAAGUAUUCUUGGACUUUUUUACCUAUGCACCCCCAAAACUCAAAUCAGAAGUGAUUGAAGCUAUCCGGGAAGCGGUGACCUACCUGGCACACACACACGAUGGCGCCAGAGUGGCCAUGCACUGUCUGUGGCAUGGAACGCCCAAGGACAGGAAAGUGAUUGUGAAAACAAUGAAAUCUUAUGUUGAGAAGGUGGCUAAUGGCCAAUAUUCACAUUUGGUUUUACUGGCAGCAUUUGAUUGCAUUGACGAUACUAAGCUUGUGAAACAGAUAAUCAUAUCAGAGAUUAUCAGUUCCUUGCCUAGCAUUGUAAAUGACAAAUAUGGAAGAAAGGUCCUGUUAUAUUUACUAAGCCCCAGAGAUCCUGCCCAUCCAGUACGAGAAAUCAUCGAAGUUCUACAGAAAGGAGAUGGAAAUGCACACAGUAAGAAAGAUACAGAGAUCCGCCGACGUGAGCUCUUAGAGUCCAUUUCUCCAGCUUUGCUAAGCUACCUACAAGGACACGCCCAGGAGCUGGUGCUAGAUAAGUCUGCGUGUGUGUUAGUGUCCAGCAUUCUUGGAUCUGCCACGGGGGACGUCCAGCCCGCCAUGGCUGCCAUCGCCACCCUGGCAGCGGCACCCCUGCAUCCUGGCGGCAGCGACGGAGAGCUUCAUGUUGCGGAACAUCCUGCAGGACAUCUGGUUCUGAAGUGGUUGAUAGAGCAAGACAGAAAGAUGAGAGAAAGUGGAAGAGAAGGUUGCUUUGCAAAAGCACUGGUAGAGCAUGUUGGUGUUAAGAACCUGAAGUCGUGGGCCAGCGUCAAUCGAGGUGCCAUAAUCCUUUCCAGCCUUCUCCAGAGCUCUGACCAAGAAGUUGCAGGCAAAGUCCGAGCUAGAUUGAAAAGCCUGAUUCCCACAUUGGAAAAAAACAAAAAUGCCAGCAAAGGAGUGGAAAUUCUGCUUGAAAGAUUGACUGCAUAGAUGGAGAAAGUGAAGAACGAAGCGGGAUCAUUUUUCCUGUCUUCUGUUUUCCAAGUGCAGAGUGACAGGGCCCACCUUGUUGGUAAUUGGGUGCUGUGUAUAAGCUGCUUCUUUAUAUAAGAAUCUGUUUAUAAAAU